CGGCGGUCGCGCGCAUGCGCGCACGCGCGACCCGGGCACUUCGUCUUCUGCUGCCGCGAAUCUCGGGGUCCCGGCGCGCGGGCGCGGCCACUGUGGGGGGAUCGUGGGGGUCCCGGCGGAGCUGAGACAUCUGGAGAGAUUCCCUGACCGUGGAGUGUAAUUUUUCCAGACGACAUUGGCACCUUGCUGUGUUGAAAAUGUUUGGGAGAUUGACUGUUCCACAGCUGCUUUUUGCCAGCGUCCUUGGAAUUGCUGGAGGAAUAUAUAUUUAUCAACCAAUACUUGAACAAUAUUUCAGAGAUCAAAAGGAAUUAAGAGAAAACAUGAAAUCGGCACCAGAUUCAAAAGAGAAGAAAAGUUAAUGCUACAUGAAGUUGAAUUGUAAUUUCUUAAUGUUCCUUUGAAAAUAUACUUUGGUAAUAUCCGAAAAUUUUCUCUAUAUUUUUAAACCUAAAUUAUAAUGAUUUUUAGUUAUUUUUGAAACCAGCACUAUUAAUUUCUAAUGUUUAUUGUAAUUUUACUUGUAAUCAAUGUCUUUUCUCCAGGAACAUGAUUUGUGAUUUCCCUUUAACUGGAAACUUGAAUGUCUUGGGCCCUGGGGAUAGCACAGCGGGUAGAGCAUUGGCCUUGCAUGUGGCCGACCCAGGUUCAAUCCACAUCAUCCCUGAGCACUGCCAAGUGUAAUUCCUGUGUGUAGAGCCAGGAGUAACCCCUGAGCAUCGCCGGGUGUGACCCAAAAAGCAAAAAUAAAAACAAACUUGAAUGUAUUAAAAACGGA